AUGUUAAGCUUCUGGAUUAAUUACGGUGCUAUAUUGCAUCUCAAAGGCGAUACGGCAUGGAUUGUUUCACUUGCUCUUCAGAUGUUGCCGGCGAUUUUUCUGUUGUUGGGAAUUGCUUUGUGUCAUGAAUCUCCUCGAUGGUUGGCACGACAAGAUAAUUGGGAAAAGGCUACUGCGGUUUUGUCGAAAGUAUCUAAUCUUCCACCCGACCAUCCCUACAUCCGCAUGGAACUAGAAGAAAUGUCCGAACAACUCGAAAACGAACGCCGCCUCAUCAACGGCGCCGGUUUCCUCGACCUCAUGAAAGAAAUGUGGACCAUCCGCGGAAACCGCAAUCGCGCCUUAAUAUCCAUAGGCCUAAUGAUAUGUCAACAAAUGACCGGCACCAACGCCAUCAACUACUACGCACCCAAAAUAUUCCUGAACCUCGGCGUCAACAGCACAACCUCGGGUCUCUUCGCCACCGGCAUCUACGGCAUUGUAAAAAUGGCCACCUGUGCCGUAUUUCUGCUCGUCGCUGCCGAUUCGCUCGGACGACGGAAACCCCUGUUGUGGACGAGUAUUGCGCAGGGUUGCGCUAUGUUUGUUAUUGGUUUUUAUGUGCGGUUUGCGCCGCCGUUGAAGGGGGCUGUUAUUCCUCCUGUCGGCUAUUUUGCUCUCACGUGCAUCUAUUUGUUUGCGGGCUUUUUUCAGUUUGGAUGGGGUCCUUGCUGUUGGAUUAUCGUGAGUGGGAUACCGACGGCGAGGUUGCGGGCGUUAAAUGUGGCGAUUGCGGCGGCGACGCAGUGGUUGUUUAAUUUUGUGGUGGCGAAGGCGGUGCCUACUAGAGUGCUAGUAACCGUCGGACGCGCCGGCUACGGCACCUAUUUCAUCUUCGGCUCCUUCUGCUUCAGCAUGUUUUUUUUCGUCUGGUUUCUGAUACCCGAAACUAAAGGGCUCUCGCUUGAGAAAAUGGAUGAUUUGUUUGGAAUCACAGAGCUUAUUCGUAAAGGAGAUGGAGAUGUGGAAUCGCGUGUUGGGGAUGGGGAUGUGGGUCGGGUUUGGGGUAUUGGUCAUGGGGAUGAGAAAGUUGGGGGUACGGUUGCGGAUACGGAUGGUAAGGGUGUUGGUGUGGAUGUUGGGAUGGGUAAGGGUAAGGGUGUUGGUGCUGGCGAAGAUGCGAGGAAGAGGGAAGAUGCGCAACAUAUCGAACAUGCGACAGCGACUCCAAAUAAGGGCGUAUACAAUAAUCAUCAAAGCCACGAGAUGACAUCGGGCGAUGAUGAUAAUGGCGAUAACAAGGAGAUUGCAGUUCAAUCGGGUACAGAUGUUGGUGUUAAGAGUGCGAGGGGAAAGGAAAAGGAAAAGAGUGAUAGUGGUAGUAUUACCGAUCAGGUGGCAUUUUAUUCCUAA